ACCGUCAGUUCCCGCGGAGCUCCGAUACAAUCAGCAACAAGAUGGGAUGACAUGCUUCCAUCUCGGUGCUGUGAGUGGCGAUUCCAAUCACAAUCAGCAAGCGUCGAGGGUCAAUAUGUCAGCGCCGCCCUUCUUGAUUGCGGACCCUGUCGAUCAUUCCGUGUCGUGGUCAUCGAGCAGACACAACACAAAUCUGGACUUCGCGGCUAUGGGGCUUGAUCUUGAUGGCUUGCCAGUGGUGUCUCGGACGGAUGACACUGUCAAUAGCUCCAUCCCUGAGGAUUUCGUGAUCCAGCAGCAAAGUAGUAACAUGCCGGACGAUACGCAACAUAGCAGGCGGAGGUACUCUACUUUGGGCCCCGAAUCAACCACCCAUGAUCCACUCUUUCGGGAGUCUGUAAGUGCGACGUUAGUCGCCGCUAACGGAACUCCAGCGCGAAACACGACGACAUGUACGUCUUGUCAUCGAUCGCACGUUCCUUGCGAAGAUGGCCAUCCAUGUCUACGAUGCCGGAGACUCAAUCGACAAUGCGUCAUCCGCCUGCCAGCACAAUCUGGGCGGCCAAUAACCAGAUGGGACCAAUGCCGUGUACAUGAGGAGGAGUGCGUCAAGGCUUCUCCACAGGACGAGGAUUGCCAGCAAUGCUCUUCCAAUAUGGGGAGGGGAAAGUGCACUUGGGGCGCUAAGAAGAUGGACGAAGAAGGUCGUGCCAGUAAAAUGCGUCGGCCUCCUGAGCCUAAGAAGUGUUGGAUAUCGAGUUGAUCACCGCUGUAUAGUU